AUGAUUAACAUCUCAUUAAUCAAUGGUGGAUACACAAAUAUCAUCGUUUCAGAUAAUGGAUGUGGUAUUCCACGCGAAAACUUUUCUAAAUUAUGUCAUUUUAACGCAACAUCAAAAUAUAACGAAGAAUCUCCCGAUAAAUACGAUACAUUUGGAUUUCAUGGAGCUAGCCUUGCAUCUAUUACUUGUUCAUGCCCUACAUUAAUCACAUCAAGGACUAGAGCCGAAAAAAUUGGCACAAAAGGACAAUUUAAUUACUCAACUUUAGUCGGAGACUUACAAAACGCUCAAUGCCAAUAUGGAACCACUAUAGAAUUGAAUAAUUUAUCAGAUUCUGUUGAUCAAGCCGUAACAAAAAACAUUCAAAAUUCUCAAAGCAAUUUAACCAUCAAAAAACUUGUUCAAUCAUACUCAGCACUCUACUACAAUAUUUCCUUCAAAUUACUCACUACACUACCUUACGAAUCAAUGACAAAGAAGAAUUUAAUCCAAUCUUUGAGAGCAAUUUAUAAUAUUCAAAAUACGCCCAUGCAUCCUAUUUCAAGAACUUUCGAAUGCAAUAACGUUAAAGCAGCGCUUUUCGUUACUUUACCAGAAGCAACUUCGAUUUAUCCACAAUUCGUUUUCUUUUUGAACGGCCAACGCAUUAAAAACAAAGCCCUUAAGAAGUCAGUCAAAUCUGUCUAUCAGAGAUCAGGAAAUAUUCAUACACCAGUUGUAUUUAUAUUAUUUAGCGAAGAAACACCACAAUUCAAAUUUAUUCCUACGAAUUACCCAUUUCCAAAUCAAAUCAGGAUGUCAGGCGAGCUCGAAACCAUGGUUGAAGAAGCUAUCUCGAUUAUCAGAAAGGAUGGCGACGGAGAAAUCGAUUUUGACAUCAACGAAUACAGAAAGGGCAACAAAAUACCUAGAUAUCCGAUCGAAAUUCAGCCAGAAAUGCAGAAUCCAUACCUUGUCCAACAGCAAACUCAACAACCACAGCAACAGAUGAGAUACGACCACUACCAGCAGCAAGCCCAGCAACAGCAGCAACAGAUGAACAGCUACGUGGCCCAACAAAUGACACAGAUGUCUGCAUAUCAGCAACCAACUUCACAAAUGGCCCAAAUGACAAUGCAGCAACAGCAACAACAACAGCAACAAAUGCAACAGAUGCAACAACAGCAGAUGCAGAUGCAAAUGCAGCAACAACAACAAAUUCAAUUACAACAACAGCAACAAAUACAGAUCCAGCAACAACCGCAGCCACAGCCGCAACAACAACCUGUUCAGCAACCUCAACCUCAACAGAUUAGCCAGCCAAAGAAGGUUAUUGUCGCACAACCAAAUAAGCCAAUGGUAAAACAUAUCGCAGCUCCAAAGAAGACCAUUACAACUGUUGUUCCACCACCUCCACAACAAUCCCAACCCAUGUAUUCUCAAAUCCAACAACAGCCAAGAAAUCAGAUUCAACAACCUCAACAACAGCAGCCACAGAUGCAAUAUCAGACACAGUAUCAGCCUCAGUACCAACAGCAGUACCAGCAGCAACAAUACCAACAACAACAGUACCAGCAACAGCUGUAUCAGCAAAUUUACCAACAGCCACCUCCUCCUCCACCUCGACCAGCUACUCCACAGACAAUACAACAGCCAGCACAAACAAUGCCUUCGCCAAUGCAGCCUGUUUCGACUCCUCAAGUUAUUUCUCAGCCGAGGGUCAACAAGAGAUUCCCAAUCAAGAAGAUCGUUAUUUCUGGAACCAAAUAA